GUGGCGGUGGACGCAUAUCACUAGACCGAUCAGUGUCACCACCUCUGAGUACAGUAUGUAGUUCUCCUGUAGCACCUUCAGUAAGGGGCGGAGAAGAUGACGUCCGCAAGUGGCACUGUCAUCGUGUUCUUGGUGACGCUUGUCUGUGUGUCCCAAGCCGUAGAUAUUGACGGGGCAUGGAGUGAUUGGUCAGUAAUCAGGACGCCAUGCACCAAGUCAUGCAACAGAGGCUCAUCUACAAGAGUCAGGUCAUGCACCAACCCACGACCAUCAGGCAGUGGCAUACUGUGUACCAAAAUGGACGGUAGACUGGCACUCAACGGCAUUGAUUACAAAUUGGAGCCUUGUAAUGACCAGUCUUGUUGGAUCGACCAGUGGACUGACUGGUCUAACUGCUCGAAAGUGUGUGGACGUGGGAAGGAGGUACGGAGAGCCUGGUGCGGGGUCGAGGUGUGUGCUGAAGACCAGGCACUAGAGGAGACAAGAGACUGCAACACCUGGAACAAGACGGAGUGUGACAGUCCGUGUGAGGAACUGAAACAAUCCUGCCCACAGUACGGGAUAUGUGACGAUUUGUCGACAGAUGAGGACCCGAUAGCUGAGUGUGUGUGUACUAUGGGGUACAAGAUGAAUAGCGCCAAGACUGCCUGUAUACGUCCGCCGCCCACGACCCCCACCCCACGGCCCAUCCCUACACUGCCCCCAGCGCAGAAGGUUGUGGCUACGGUCAUAUCCAAGACCGCCUCUACCGUCAUCAUCAUCUGCGUCAGCAUCUGCCUCUGUAUCUUCUUCGUUCUCCGCAUCUUCACGCCAGAUCGAGUCAUUCAGAUGAACAUGGAAAUUGCUCUCCUUAUGGCCCACAUCAUGCUGAUCUUCCCCUCCUCCAUCACUGAACAACCGACCUUAUGUACUCUCGUCUCCAUCUUGGUACACUUCUUCUUCACGGCCUGCUUCAUGUUUAUGUUCCUGGAGGCGCUGCACAUGUACGCCUUCGUGGCCUACGUGAUCAAGAAAGAAGGAAUGUUCAGCCGGGUCCAGAACACUCUGGUGGGCUGGGGUAUCGCUGCCAUCAUCAUCCUCUUCUGCAUGUGCUUUGAAUAUGAAAACUACGGCGGCUCCUACCACUGUUGGCUACAGAUGGAUACAGCUCUCAUGUACGGCCAGCUGUUACCCAUAGUCAGCCUCGUGAUCCUAACCUUCACACUAAUUGAAGCUGCUGGUGCUGCUGAGUACAAGCCUCUCAAAGGUGUGGACAAGAGCCAGUUGACGAGCGCUAAGUUCUCUCAAAGGACCAACCUACUUAUCUUACCGCUGGUCUUCUCACACAUGCUGGUGGGGAUGUUCUCUGAGUAUGAGCAGAAUCUUCCUCUCUAUGGUGUCUUCUCCAUUCUUAACAGCGUAACGGGAGUAGUGGUCCUGUUCUUCCACUGUACAAACAACCAACAGGUACGGAUGAAACUGAAAGGAUUAUACGCGAAAAUGUGCAAAAGUUCCGGGGCUCGAUAAGACCAAAUAAUAACAACAAUAUGAGGAUGAUAUGUUGCACCACGUGUAUAAGACAACAGGUUCCUUAUACCUCAGGAGGAUCAAAGGAGAAUCUGAUCACAAAAAACUUGCUACGGAACCUUUCGACUCCAUCAAGAGCAUCAAUGCCUUCUCAUAACACCGCGGCACAAGCAAGCAACUGAUUCCCCACCUUAAACACAAGAUCUUUACUACUUAGAGGUUUUAAAUGAUACAGAUAGCCAUAGUACUAUAAAAAUGGUUUUCUUUGUGACUAACACGAAAUAAUUUUAGCUGAAGAAUAUGUGGCUAGAGUUUAGCUACCAGAGUUACCUUUAUUACCCCCUGUACAUCAAUAUAGGAAGGGUGUUAUCCAGUGUGACACUAUCAAAUUCGCAACUUUUCUCCGGGUACACCAUUUUUUUUCCUAUGCUCGACAAUAAAGGUUAUAGAAAAAUAACACCGAACAAAACGGCUGCCCGAACGGUUAGUAAGUUUGGCUUUUGGGUUAACUCUCCCAUACAGACGAGCUUUGUGGAAUACAGCGAUAUGUUACCGACCCCCUUGACUAUCGAUCACAGUGAUGGUAGGUAGUAAACAGAUAAGCCAGACAGAUAUUGGUACUGUUUAGUGAUCGAUAACCAUGGGGAUCUUUUCCUCUGUUUGGUAAUUCAAAAUAUUUUAUCCUAGUUAGAUAUCAUAUAGUGUAACCAUACACUAUAUUUAUUUGGGUGGAUCUGUAGUUGUAGAUAAAUGUAUGUACUUAUAUAAUCAUUGAUAUUAUAUUAAUUCAGUGUGAUAUUAUUGACUGUGAAAGCGAUAUUGUCUCUUUAAGCUGACUUUUCAAAUAACAUUGACAACCAUACCAUCAGGUGACAGCUGGCGUUCCACACAAUUUUGAAAAGUCAGUGCUUGAAAUAGUAUUGUUUUCUUUGAUAGAGAUGUAUAGAAGAACGUGUUAUAUUUUGGAGAAUCUAACCUAUAUUUCUAUAUCUCUUCUUACAAAACUUUUCGAUUAUAUAAUCACAUUUGCACGACAGUAUCAAACUAAUAUAAAUUUUCAUUGAGAUAAUAUUCCUCUGUUUUCACCCUUGGAGUGUGACGCACCUAAAACAAAAACAAAAAUUACCGCUUGUUUCCUGAUUUUCAAGGUCUAAAUACCACAAGUGCCUUAGGUUUGAUCUUAGAAAUUUGCGACCAUAGAGUAAAAUGGUCGCUUAAUACUAAUAAUUGAGUUUAUUUAUGAAAGCUUGAACCCUGUAAGAUAAUAGUGAAAACCCAUAUCUUAUUGUUUCAUUAGAUAAUAUAAAAGAUAACAUACGAUGGUCAAGGUAGAUAGAGACUGAAGCCAAGUUACUCCAAGUUCACAUCUUUACCAUAAUGUGUAGUCCUUACCUGGGGAGUCAUCUGUUGUGUUGAACUGUCUAAUGAGGAGGUCGAGCUACAGCGAUGACCAACACUUUCUUUAUGGAGUUAUGUAAAACACACACACGCACACACACACACACACACACACACACACACACACACACACACACACACACACACACACACACACACACACACACACACACGACAUUAGUUAUUGCUGAGAGUUGAGUUUAUAUAUAUAAUAUAAUAACCAAGUAAUAAUCCUGUUGUUUUACCCUAAAUGUUAAAUAUUAUUAAAUCCUGUUAAAAGUGUGUUUAGUGUUAAGUGCGUGAAGACCCAUAUAUAUAUAUAUAAAUAAAUAUUUACCAAAGAUAUGAAGAAUAAAUAAUAUAUAUCUAAUCUUAUCCUAUAUAUAACAAGAUAUUUAAAUAGUUUAUAUAUAGACAUUAUUCUUAAGGCUAUAUGUUAAUUUAUUGUAAGGUAUUACUUGUGAUAAUAAGACACUAAGAAUGACAACAAGUGCAUUUGGCUGGAUUACUGAACAAUAACUUCACCAAUACUGAAUAACAUCACAAACCGUAAGAUCUGGUGGAGAUACAACUAUUUCAUGACUGUGUGUUUAUCUGUGUGCAUAUAAUACAAAGUAUAUGUAUACUCUACGUAUGUUAUACAUGUAGCUUACAAAAUAUAGCUUAACGGCU